AAACAAACAAACAAACAAACAUGCCUCUUGAAGUAAUUGGUGCUGGAUUUGGACGAACAGGAACUAUGAGUUUACAUCAUGCUCUUGACAAACUAGGCUAUCGUACUCAUCAUAUGGUGCGCUUAAUGUCAGAUCCAAAUCAAGAUCCAUCUGUUUGGAGUCGUGCAUAUGAUGAUCCUGAACAUCAUGAAGAUGAAUGGGAAUCUGUCUAUGGCAAAUACACUGCAGCUGUUGAUUGGCCCACAGCUACUUUUUAUAAAGAACUAAGUGAAAAGUAUCCUGAUGCCAAAGUGAUUUUGACUGUUCGAAGUGCAGAAUCGUGGUACAAAUCUAUGCACAAUACUGUGUUCAAGCAUGUAUCGAGCAACCGAGAAUCUGUAAGCAAACAUAACGAUGCAGUGGUUGCCAUGGUACGUCAUACCAUUCUUGGUGGCAUUCUUGAAAAGGAUGUGGACAAGAUUCAUGAUGAGAAAUAUAUUUGUCAGUUGUUUAAUGAUCAUGUUGAACAAGUGAAACGUACUAUCCCCGCGGACCGUCUGCUCGUAUUGAAUUUGGGAGAUGGUUGGGAGCCUUUGUGUCGUUUCCUUGGUAAGGAUAUCCCCGAUGAACCUUACCCCUCCACCAACACUGGUGAUGAUUUUAAUAGACUCGUCGAAGAGUUUAAGCAACGCUAUGCGUAAAUUAUAAUAAUAAAGACAUCAAUUUGAUUAAGCAGAAUUAAUUCAAUGUAUUUGUUGUAUUAUCAUGUACACUGUAGAGAAGCAUUAAAUGCGUCCUCCGAAGAGGCGAUAACAUAGUUUAAUAUGUUGC